AUGGCGUGCAAAAUGCAUAGUAUUACCUGCAGCAGAAAGAAACCUGUGCAUGUUCCACAUGAGUGGUAUGAGCCAGGUGAUCUCCUCAUUGGUGGGAUGACAACUCUGAUGCAUCACGCUAUCCCUGGAUUGCGAUUCAAAGAGCAACCUUCCCCAGAACUGAUUAAGGACCCUUUUGUGGUGACAAAGUUCUACCAGCAUAUCCUGGCCUUGGUGUUCGCUGUUGAAGAGAUCAAUGAGGAACCCAAUAUCUUGCUCAACGUCACUCUGGGGUUCCACAUCUAUGACAGCUAUUCUGAUCCAAGGAUGACCUACCACAACACUCAGGAUCUGCUCUUUAACUCACAUAACUUUGUACCCAACUACAAAUGUGGCAUCCAGAAAAAUGUAAUAGGAGUCAUCGGGGGACUGAGCGCUGAGACCUCCUCAAACAUGGCAGAUAUCUCAGGUCUUUACAAGAUUCCACAGAUGUCAUAUGGCUCAUUUCAACCAGAAUCGACUGAUCAGUUGGAGUUCCCUUCUUUUUAUCGCAUGGUCCCCAAUGAAGACCUUCAGUAUCAAGGGAUUCUUGAGUUACUUGUGUAUUUCAGAUGGAAAUGGGUAGGUCUGAUGGCUAUAGAUGAUGAAGGCGGAGAACAUUUUUUGCAGACCAUAGAGCCAAUGCUUUUGCAGAAUAAAAUCUGUUCAGCAUUCAUACGUCGAAUUCGUAGAAAUUUGCAUAAUUUCCUUGAUGAAGAAAAAGUAGCCAUAGAAACACAGGGAUAUUUGCCAGCUUUUGCGGUAAGCAAAGCUAAUGUGGUUAUUAUAUAUGGAGAAACCUCUUCUAUUUCAUGGUUGCCAUAUGCUAUAGCAGGAACUAGACUGUUUCAGGUAACACAUCCUGAAUAUCAGGAGAAGGUAUCAACAGCAAAAGUGUGGAUUACAACAGCCCAAAUUGAAUUCACAUCUUGUGCCAUUCUGAAGAUAUUUAAUAUGGAUAUGGAAGGGCUUCAUGGUGCUCUAUCCUUUGCAAUUCACUCAAGUCAUCUGGGAGGCUUUAAAGAGCUUCUUCAGAGUGUACACCCUUCUUGGAAAAAGAAAGAUGGUUUUAUCAAGGAAUUUUGGGAACAAGCAUUCAGCUGUAGCUUUCCAAACAAUAUGGAGCCAACAGACAACACAAACACAUGUACUGGAGAGGAGUCGCUGGAGAACCUUCCUGCCCCUUAUUUUGCCAUGAGUAUGACUGGCCACAGCUAUGCUAUCUAUAAUGCUGUCCAUUCUCUGGCACAUGCCUUACAUAUCACAUACUCAUCCAGAGCCAACUACAGAAUAAUUGAGGCCGGGGGCCGACCAUAUCCUUGGAAUGUGGAAACAUGGAAGGUGCCACCCCUUUCAGUAUGUAAUGACUACUGCUCCCCUGGUUACCGGAAGUUUAAAAAGGAGGGGGAGAAAUUUUGCUGUUACGAUUGUGCUCCAUGUCCAGAUGGGAUGUUUUCAAAUGAGAUUGACAUGGAAACUUGUGUCUCUUGUCCAAAUGAUCACUAUCCAAACAAAGAUCGGGAUCGAUGCAUUCCUAAGAUUCCAAACUUCCUGGCUUUUGAUGACACUUUGGGCAUUGUUCUAAUUUCCUUUGUGGUUUUGUUGUCUCUGACCACAGUUCUGGUGCUUGUCAUCUUCAUUAAAUGCCGGAACACUGCCAUAGUCAAGGCCAACAAUAGAAGCCUCACCUACAUUCUUCUCAUCUCCCUCCUCUUGUGUUUCCUCUGCUCUUUGUUGUUUCUUGGAAGGCCUAAUGAGGUGACUUGUCUUCUGCGACAAACUGCUUUUGGUAUUGUCUUCUCUGUAGCCCUUUCUAGCAUCUUGGCCAAAACCAUCUCUGUGGUUUUGGCAUUCAUGGCUACUAAACCAGGAUCCAGGAUGAGGAAAUGGAUUGGAAAACGAUUGGCUUAUUCCAUAGUCAUCUCUUCGUCCAGUACUCAAGUAGGGAUUUGUAUUCUGUGGCUGGGAACCUUUCCACCAUUCCCAGAUGUGGACACACCCUCAGGGACUGAAGAAAUUGUAUUGCUAUGUAAUGAAGGCUCAAGCAUCAUGUUUUAUUGUGUCUUGGGCUACAUGGGCUUCUUGGCCAUUGUCAGCUUCACUGUAGCUUUCCUAGCCAGGAAGUUGCCUGACAGUUUCAAUGAAGCCAAGUUCAUCACUUUCAGCAUGUUGGUCUUUUGCAGCGUUUGGCUCUCUUUCGUUCCAACUUACCUGAGCACCAGAGGAAAAUACAUGGUGGCUGUGGAGAUUUUCUCCAUCUUGGCUUCCAGUGCAGGGUUACUUGGAUGUAUCUUUUCUCCUAAAUGCUACAUUAUUGUUAUGAGGCCUGAGCUUAACAACAAAGAGCAGCUAAUGCAGAGAAAUAAAUGA